CAAAAAUUCCUUCAAUGCAUAUGAGGAAAAAUGACUUGACGUAAUGUAAAACAUCCAUCACGAUACUUAAAUGAAAUUGAUGAAUGCAUUUUAAGUAGGAUGCGACUCCAAGUAUACGGCCGGUGGAUCAUUUAAUUUGAGAGAUUUACCCAUUUUAGAGUUGCGCAUUAUGAAGUAGAUUUAGUCACACACUGUACCGAUAGCCAUUCGAAAUUAUAAGAUUGUUGAACGCAAUGCCACCAUGAAGAGACUUUUCCGGAUAUUGACUGGUUUGGUACUGGUUUUCUCUACUAGUUAUUCCCAGCUGAUACCGACUUCAAACUGUCCGAUUAACUGGUAUCCCUUUGGAAACAACUGUUACAAAUUCAACGUCUACCCACUACGAAUAUAUGACGAGGCAGCAAAAGCAUGCGAGGCCCAAGGAGCCGGACUGUUAAGCGUCAAUUCCGCCCAAGAGCACCAGUUUAUCGACACGACACUACAGAGAAUAGACAGGGAUAGAUCUUUCUGGUACACGAGUGGAUACAGGGAUGAGAAUCACAUCAAGUGGAGUGGAGACGGUACCGUGUCACGUGAUGACGUCAUGUUUUGGGCAAGCCCAGACGACUUGCAGGGUUUCUCAAAAUUCAUUGUAUACAAAUAUUCAGCAUCACUUCAAAAGUAUGCAUGGGGAGCAACUGAUGGCAGAGAAGCUUACAGAUUUAUAUGUGAAAUUCCCAUAACUGAAACCCAGCGGCUUCUACAAGAGAAUCGCGAUUUCACAUACGGCUCAAACCUGACAGACCCUACAUUAGCACCAAGAGGACCCCGUUUCACGAUGCAUCCAAUCAAUAUGGUUCUUACAAACAGAUCUCAUUUACCUAGCAUUGAAUGCGAAGCCACCGGAAUCCCACAGCCUCGGUACGUCUGGCACCGAACUGACGUCACCGGAAGUGAGGAGGUUAUUGGCAAGUCUGAAUUCUACACCAUCAGUAACGGAAAACUGACGUUCAAUAGAAUUGACGAAAGACGUGACGCCGGGAUAUAUCACUGCGAGGCCUCUAAUAAGUUUGGAUCAGUGCGAAGUGCCCCGUCAAAAAUUACGUUUGGAAGUUUGGCCCAGUUCCCAAAUGUUGCUCCCGGUGUUAAUCGGGUUGCACUUUAUCAAGGAACGUAUCUCAACUGUAACCCACCAACUCACAAGCCAGCUGUGUCCUAUCAAUGGAUGAAAGGAACAAGCUUUUUGAUACAGGCCUUAAACAGCUACUUCUUUCUGUCGGCGGACGGCAACCUAUAUUUUUCUGAGGUCCAACAAAACGACGAGGGGAACUACCAUUGCAUAGUGACGUUGAAGGCGUUCCCUGGCGACACCCUAGCAACUGACCAACCGCCGACUGAAACGAGCCUGGAUAUCAAGCUAGAUGUCCUCGGAGAUACGGCCGCUCUCUACCCGCCGCAGAUACACGACGAUUUCCCGGCAGUGUUUCCGAAAUCACCAAGACUGGGUCAGAAAAUAACCAUUGAAUGUUUAGCCUACGGAAGAACACCAUUAAGAUAUCGAUGGUCAAAAUCUGGAAACGGAAAUUUGCCUUCCAAAGCGUACACACAGAACUUUGACCGAGUACUGGUGAUCCCAAACGUACAGUUUACGGAUGAGGGGACAUACACAUGUCACGUACAAGGGCGAACGCAGACAGAAUCAAAGGAUUUCUUGCUUACCAUUAAUGCAAAACCUUACUUUAUAUACCCGCUGAAAGAUCUCAUUGUGGACGAAAACAGUGACAUUACAUGGCGUUGUGAAGGAAUCGCCAGUCCACGUGCAUCGUACGUGUGGUACAAGAACGCUCGACUCAUUACCUCAGGAACUGAUGGAAUUGAGAUAUAUUCAAAUGUCCUGAAGAUAAAGAACCUUCAAAAGCGUAUUCAUGAUGGCAUGUACAGCUGUGAGGCCACCAAUAUACACGGAUCGUCUGUAUCUAGCGCCCAGCUCAAAGUUCUUUCGUUCAAACCAUCUUUUGCUAAAAACCCUCUCCCAAGGACGAUUCUGGCGGCAAACAAUGGCAACCUGACGAUACCCUGCAUACCGGAAGCUGCUCCAGUCCCAACGAUCAGCUGGCUGAAAAACGGCGGGAAACUUAGUCUUCCAAUCACAGAUGGAAAUCAGAAAGGAGCUCAGUUGUUGUCCAAUGGAUACCUGAAAAUUGUCGGAGUUAGCAUGGUGGACGCAGGUCUAUACACAUGCGUGGCAGCCAAUCAGAACGGAGAAAGCAUGAGUACCGGAAACGUCACCGUCGUUGGUGGCGUAACGAUAGUCACACAACUGUUUCCGGAGAUGAGAGUCAACAAAAAUGACACUGUGUUCAUCGAGUGUCAGGUGUCAUACGAUAUCUUCAGAGUAGAUCUCGUUCUAGUCUGGAAAUUCAAUGGAAGAAUAAUUGACUUUACACAGGAUUUUUUCUACGAAAAGAGUACUCGAAUGGGAAUCUCUGGUCUCUUCAUUCACUUCAUAGAUUAUUACCAUAGUGGGGUGUAUGAGUGUGUUGCCAUGUCAACCAUUACCCAGAGUUCCAUAUCUACAAACGUUAUUGUACAAGGUCCACCAGGAAUGCCGGGUAAUGUGUACCGUAUUAAGGGAUCCGAGACUACCCGAUCUGUGACGAUCAAAUGGACAGAACCUCCGGACCAUGGCUCUCAGAUACAACAAUAUAACAUCGAGGCACGAACGAUGGAUAAUCCAAAAUGGCGACCAGUGGCAACGAAUUUAUCCGAUUUUAACGUUUUGAUCCCUGGAAAUUUGGACUCUGACAAACGGCAGUACACGGUUACUGGACUGGUUCCCUUCAACAGCUACCAGUUCAGAGUAGUUGCCCGUAAUAGAUUUCCCCAGCUUGGAGAAUACAGCAAACCCUCAGAGUAUAUUCAACUGAAGCCGGACGUACCAGUUGUUUCCGUUCAAAACGUUGGGGGAGGGGGCGGAAGUGAAGGCGUGCUGACGAUUUCAUGGCGGUUGUUAGCAGAAGAAGAGAGGUGUGGCCCUAACAUCGGCUACAACGUGUACUGGCGAAAGAACGGAACGACAGAAAUGUUUCAAAUGAAAACACUUCUGGAGACGGAUCACAUGUUUCAAAAGAUGGUUUCUGGAAAUUCGGUGUCCUAUACAGUGAACUUGAACAGCGAUAAGCUAUUUUACUUACCGUAUGAAGUCAAGAUUGGCGUGUUUAAUAAAUACGGAAGAGGGCCCAAUAGUACAUCCACCGUAGUCUACUCAUCCGAGGGAAUUCCCCUUUUGCGCCCGACCAAUGUCAAUGGCUGGGAGAUCAACUCCACGGCAUUGUGGGUAACAUGGGAUCCAUUACCAAACACACGAGAUGCCAUCAAAGGUGUAAUUCAAGGCUUUGAGAUAAACGUUGAGGAUGCCAAUGACGCAAACAGGAAGUCUGUUACGGCCUACCACUAUGGCUACAUGGAGGGUAACAACGUCAUAGGUUUAGAACCCAACACAGACUACUGGGUCACCGUCCAGAUAUUCAACACGGCGGGAGAGAGCAAUCCCAGCGAGAAGCAGCUUCUGGGGACCUGCCUAAACCCGCCGUUGCUGUACCCGGAGUUCGUCACCAUUCAUUCUCAUGGCCCAAACAGUGUGUACGUAGAAUGGAGGGGCGUGUCCACAGGGUUAUUUGAAGAGACACUGAGGGGUUAUAAGAUUCGAUGGUGGCUCGUCGGUGAAAAUAUAAAAUCCGCAAAUGAUACGAUUGUUGGCAAAGAAACAUACGGGGUGGUCUAUGGAAUAUCCAAAGGUUAUGUGUAUGCUCUCCGCGUCCUGGGUUUCAGCAAAGGAGGCGAUGGUAAAAUGAGUCCCACGCAAUAUUUCACUCUAGGAGGUCGUGUACACGUUGAUUCGAGGAUUUCGGUCGUAAAACUUUCUGCUUCGUCCAUCACUUCAUCAUUAAUGAUAGUCAUCCUUUUGUGUUUAGUACAGUUCUUUUUUGUGUGGUCAUAACAUCCUGCCAUAAUAUUUCAAUGAAAUCCAUUAAUUAUACCACAUAUUGAAAUCCAUUUAUUAUACUACAUAUUGAAAUCCAUUUAUUAUACUACAUAUUGAAAUCCAUUUAUUAUACUACAUGUUUAUACAAUUGUGUUUUAUAUAAUCAUCAUUUUUCAUAAUUUUGUACAUCUUUUUCUAUACACUUUUUUCCUUUUAGUUGUUUUAAUGCCUCUAUGUAAUAUUGAUUAUUACACUUCUAUAAAGUCCCAUUUUUAUCACACUGACAGUGACAGUGUAUAAAUGCAUAUUGAUUACGUAUAAAUUUAAUUAGAAAUCCAUUUAAUAUCCAUAUACUUUUAUACAGACAUUGUAUACAGUGUAUUUGACACUAAUAUUCAAUAUUUAACGAUCCAUUAAAUUUUGAAAACCUU